AGGCUCAUGCUCUCAGCUACUCGGAGCCCGAUCUCUGGCGGAAUGGCUUUCUGCGCAAGUUUGGGGGCUUCUCUUGGCGCAAGCAAAGAAACAACCGUCUCCAAAUCCCCGGGAACUUGGCAAGCGGGCCUUGGCCGCUGGGACGUCUCCAAAGACCAGCCGUUGGGAGCGAUGUAGACAUGAGGGACAGGUCUGACUCUGGCCUUGUUGUGAGUGACACUGGGACACAGAGAGCCGGUGAAAUGGAUUCCGUGGGGACCAGCCCGGUCCCGUCCACCUCCUUUGACUCCUUGCUCUGCUGGGGAGAUGGCAUCUCUUGGGAAGGUUCUUUCUCCUUCACUGAUUCUUCUCUGGCUCCUGACAUGAAAGGAGAAGUCCUCAAGCUUCCAUCAGUCUGGGAAGAAGCCAACAAGGCCGUGUUGUCGUGUUCGGAGUGUGUUGGAAGUGCCUUCAGUGGGCAUUCAUCCUCAGGACCUUCUCACAUCGGUGUAGAACCGGAGAGCUUGAGCUUCAGCAGCGGUCUUGGAGAGUCUCUCUCUGAGGUGGACAAACCCACAGCAAGUCAAAGAAGAGAGGCUCUCCAGACCAAGAUGGGCCCAAGGAUCCGCUAUGAGAUAAGGAUCACAUUGGCCAAGGAGAAUGAGAUGGCAGAAGCCACAUCCAGCGGUGGCCACGCGUGUGGGGAGGGAGCCCUUUCUCCAGGGUUUGCUGAGCCCCAGGAAACGGAGGAGCAGCAACGUCACGCCGAACUGGCCCGACCGGCUCCGCCACUGUCAGCACGAAAGGAAUUCCAAAACUGCACAGGGCUCCACGGGGUGGGAACCUGUGAGGUGUGCGGGCAGGCACUCACCUGCGACAGUGCGAACCCGGCAGCCGCGGAAGAAGCACCUCUGCAGGGGGGCUCCCAGGCCAGGCGAGCGGGGGGACAGGGCCCGGGCCCAGCCGAGGAGCAGCUCCCGCCCCGGGAUGGACUUCUAGCCAAAGGGACCGAGAUCCUCGCAUCGGAAUCCCCGGCCAACAGCUUUUGCAAAUUGGGUGGGAUUUCUCAGGCGUCCAGCAAAAGGGAGUUGCCCCCCGAAAGGCCGCGUGACAUCGAGAGAGGCCUGCUUCCCAUUGAGUGCAACAUGGAAAAAGCCACCGUUAGCUCCCACCGGCCAGGGCGGUCCAAUGAGAAUACUUCAUUCAAAUGGAAGAAAGCGGCUGGUGACUCUCCGAACCAAGAAGACAAGCCUUCCCCCAGCAAAGCGGGACCCCACCGGGCAGAGAGAGGGGGGUCCCGGUCCCAAAGCCCCUCUCGCGUGUCCGUGCUCCUGGAGGCCUGGGAGAAGGGCCUUGUGGGGACGGACGCCCUCGACUCGCCGUCUUCCACGGAACUCCGGCGCUCCACAUCCACCGUGCACAGCAGGCGCUUGUGCUUCUCCAAAGAGGCUUCCCAACCCUGUUUCCCAACAAAUGCCAAGAGUCCUGUUUCGCCGAACGGGGACGGCAGGAGAUCCGUUUCCCCGGCUGGGGCCAAGAGAUGCUUUUCUCCGGCCGAGAACCGGCGCCCGCUUUCUCCGACAGAUCCAAAGCGGUCCCGGUCUCCGGCAGAAGCCAGGCGAGCCCUUUCUCCGGUCAACGCCAGGCAGACCCUUCCCACGAUAGAAAGCAGGAGGUCCUUUUUCCUAGAAGAAGCCAAGAAGGCCAUGGCCGAGGUAGAACCCAGGCCUUCCUUUUCCCGGGCAGAGAAGAGGCGCUCUCGUCCUCCGUCAGAUACCCGGCGCUCUCCUUCGCCAGCCCGGACCCGGCGCUCCCAUUCUCCGGCCAACGCCAGGCGAGCUCCGUCUCCAUCAAACACCAGGUACGCUGGAGAUGCUCGCUCGCGCCGGUCCUCCGGAGAUGUCCAGGGCCCACCUUCUCCAACCGAAGGCCGAUACACCUUUUCCAUGGUGGAAAGCUAUGACGCUUCCUCCCCAUCUCCAGACACCAGGUCCUUGCCUUCUGUGGCGGACAUCAGGCGCUUAUACUCCCCAGGAAAUGCCAAGCACUCAGCAGAUGGUGGACCGUUGUCUUCUUCAGCCUCUACUCGGUGCUCGUCCUCCCUGGUUGAGAGAAGGCACUUGUCCACCUCCACCGAAGCCAAAGACUCCUCUUCUCUGUCGGAUCCCAAAUGGCCAUUUCCCGCUGCAGAAGCCACCGGCGUUGAUGCCAAGUUCUCGUGUUCUCUGGCCGAUAGCAAGCGCUCCCCGUCUCUGAAUGAGUCUAGAAGUUUUGCUCCCAUUUCCCAGUGCGGGAAGCGUUCCCGUUCCCUUAGCCCUCAGAAAGAUUGCACAACCCACGGGCCGGUCUACGCGCAAGUGUAUUCCCCGGAGCCGAAGCCAAAUCUCCUGGUAACAACAAAAAAGAAAGAGACAAAUGACGCAACGGUGUCCCAAGGAGAAAACCAUGCUGGUGGCGGUGGUGCUACUAACACCUUCCUGGAGAGAGAGCUGCACAUCGCAAACGGAUCCCAGGAGGAAAAUAUUUCUGGCAUCCAGAAAAACGAUGCGUCAAAUAGUGCCGGCUCCGCUCCAGGAUCGUUCAACGCUACGAACACGCAACCAUCUGCGGGGCCUUGCGUGUUGAGUCCCUUGCCCCGUGUUGUCAGCUCCAGCACUGUCGCCAGAUCGCAGACCCAGUGGUAUUCUCCCAAGAGCGGCAACAUGGUUGUUUAUAGAUCCGAAAGGCAACUCAUUGUACCGCAAGGCGGGACUGCUACCGUCUACAGAGCCGGGCGAGAGAUUGUCAUGUCCAGCUCCGCGACAGGAAGCGGGAGCAAAUCCAAGCAAGAGAACACCUUUGCCUCCCGUUCCGUCGUCGCAAGCGUUCCGCCCAACGAAAACAGCCAACCCCAGGAGGGUGUCCCUGAGACCGAGCCGCCACAAAACAUCUCCACAUCCUUCUCAGAUGCUUGUAACCAUACUACAAGUUCGCAGCCAGAAAGCAGCGUGACUCAAUCCAGAAAUGCCGGCGUGAGCGAUGCCCAGAGGGAAAGGUGUACGUUCACAUCAAACGGAGAUGCUGCCACCACGUUUGGGGAGGGAGUUGCUCCUCCGCGAGACUACAGCCGGAACAUCAAGCCUGUCUUCAGGACACACGGGAGCUUGUUUGCAGAGAGCGCCAUGGCAAAUGGGACGGCACAAGACAGGCAUGCAUCACGGGGGGAGAUGGCCACGUUAUCUGGAGGUCAGGACAUUCUUCUAGAGAACAAGAAACUCACCAGGUGGACUGAGAUAACCGAAGAACAACGAGGCCCAAGGAAAGAUCCACAGGUAUUUACACCACAGCCAAGCACAAUGUUGGCGGAGACCACAACCUCCUCCCAGAAACCUCAUGGAAACAGCAACCGGGCGGCAGAAUCGGAACCAGAGGAGUAUGUGGACAUGGACCUAUUUGUGGACACUCUCCGUAACAUGGGACCUGCCGAAUGUCGAAAGGCUUUGAAGCACCUGCCCCGGUCUCCCCGGCUCUCCUCUCUGGCACGCAACACGUCUCUUCCUCCCAUCCACGAAGACCACAUCACACUAAGGUCACAGGUGCCUCCCGCGUCCGUUCCCGGAGAGUUGCUUGCCAUCACCGAAGAGAAGACCUCCGAAGAAAGAGAGGGGCUCAAGUACAACGAAGAAGAAGCGACGGAGGAAAUCGAGAACCCUUAUCUCAGCAUGGACGAGCACAGCGAAGACCAGGCCCGGAUGUUCUACCCUUGGGAAAGCCGGACGUUCAGGAACGAAGAGGAAUUUGGCUCUUUCCUGGGCAAGUUGCACCAAGGACCCGGGGAUCCGGAAAUGACCGUCAUGGGCCCCAAUGUCGUCUUGACCAACCAGAACAACAUGAUCAGGUCCAACGUCCUCAAAGGGGUCUCUCUCCUGUCCGGCCUCCCUGACAAGAAGGCGGCCGACGACAACAAGCCUUAUUCCCGCCUGGACAACAGCCUCCUCUACAGCAGGUUCAUCUCUCCGGAGAAGUCCCAGUUCAGGGAUGCCAUGAAAGGCCAGGAGAUGCGGUGCCCUAUCGUUUUGAUGAACCCGGCCAACCCAAAGGAAUGCCAGGUCUUCUCAAGUGGGGCUCGGAUGGACAAUGCUUACGAACUUCGGAGCGCUGAGCUGCCACAGCCUGUGGUGCGAGCGGAGCCUUCCUACCGGGUGCUCGGAGCAAGCUGGAACGCCAAGGAGAUGGCCACUCGCUCCAAGGCCACAGAGUCCACGUCCCGGCCAGAUGUUCAGCCUCAAGAAGAAAGUAAACCGGUCAAGAAGGUGAACGUGCGGCCAGGGAAGAUCAUUCUGUAUUCGGAGUCAGGCUUUGGGGGGCAAAAGAGGGAAAUCUGGGGUGAUAUUCCUGAUGCCACAUCCUGGCCUCUCUCCCAAACCAUUUCCAUCCGCGUGGUCCGAGGAGGCUGGGUGAUGUACGAGAAGCCACGGUAUUACGGAAGGAAGUGUGUGCUGGCCGAAGGCGAUGUGGAGAUCACGAACCCGUGGAGAAUAUACCACAAAGAAGGGGAAGAAGAAGAAGAAGCGGAGGAUGUGCCGUUCUGUAUCGGUUCGCUCAAGCGGGUCGUGAAAGACUAUAAGUUGCCUGAAAUCAGUUUAUUUUCCGAGGAAAACGGAGAAGGCACGAAACAGAGGUUCACUGAUUCCUCGGAAGACACACGGAUGUACAGCAAGCCCUUGAAAGCUGCAUCUAUCAUCGUAUAUUCUGGCCUGUGGCUUGUUUAUUCGAAGCCCUACUUUGAUGACGAUCCCUAUGUUUUGGAGCCUGGUGGGUAUCCCAGUUUGCAGGCCUGGGGUGCAAAGGACUCCUCUGUCUGCUCCAUACAUCCCAUUAAACUCGGGUGUCCUGUAGUAGAAAAGGCCGGAGAACCCAAGCUUGUGAUUUAUGAGAAGCCUCACUUCCAGGGCAGGAGCUGGGAAGUCAGCCGAGAUAUAUACAACGUGAGCAAGCCAGAAAACAGCCAGGACUGCAAAAUACCCACCGUGGGAUCUUUGAAAAUCAUGGGUGGCUGCUGGGUUGGUUACGAGAAGGAAGGUUUCCGUGGGCACCAGUAUCUGCUGGAGGAAGGCGAGUACAACGACUGGAACCAGUGGGGAGGCUACAAUGAUCGCCUGAUGUCUCUUCGGCUGAUCCGGACGGACUUCUUGGACCCGGCCCUUGUGCUGUUUGAAGCCAUGGACUUUGAAGAGGGUCCCAGCAUUGAGCUCAGCGAAGCCCUGCCGGACGUCGAACUGGCCAAUUACGGGACCACGACACAGUCCAUCCAUGUUCAGAACGGAGUGUGGGUGGCCUAUGAAGGCAAGAACUUCUCCGGGGAGCAGUAUAUCCUGGAGAAAGGAGUCUACCGCAACUGUGAAGACUGGGGAGCAAACAAUUUCCAGAUCUCUUCCGUGCAACCCAUCCUCCAGGUUGGAGAGCACAGCCUACAUUUUGUAUCUAAGAUCCUUCUCUUCUCGGAUGCGGACUUCUUGGGGAACUACAUCUCCUUUGAGGAGGAUCAACCAACACUUCCGGAGAACUUCGUCCCACGCUCAUGCAGGGUCAAUGGGGGAAGCUGGAUUCUGUAUGAGGGCCCCAAGUAUUUUGGCGAGCAGCAUGUCCUCUCCGAAGGCGAGUAUCCCACCUUGACCUCCAUGGGUUGCCUCUUCACCACGGCUGUUGGUUCACUAAAGAAAGUCCCCAUUUUCUUCUCCGAGCCCUCCAUCUUCCUGCACGGCUUGGAGUGUUUUGAAGGGAAGGAGAUCGAGCUCAACUCAGAAGUACGGAGCCUCCAAGCCGAGGGAUUCAAUAACCACGUUCUCUCUGUGAGGGUCAAGGGCGGCAUUUGGGUGCUGUGUGAACACAACGACUUCCGUGGGCGCCAAUGGCUCUUGAACUGCAUGGAGAUCACCAACUGGCUGACCUACAGCGGACUCCAGCACAUCGGGUCACUUUACCCCAUCAGGCAGAAACGAAUCUACUUCCGUUUAAGAAAUGAAGAUCUGGACACCUUUCUCUCUGUCCCAGACGAUGUUGAAGACAUGAAAGCCGGGCGUGUUUUGGUCUCAGAGCUGCGUGACAGUAGCAGCUCCAUCUGGUACUAUGAAGACGGACUCCUCAAGAACCAGGUCGCUCCCAACAUGAGUCUCCAGGUGAUCGGUCCGGCUGGAAGUGGCUCCAAGGUGGUCUUGUGGUCCGAGAGCCGAGUGCCCCAGCAGACGUGGCAAAUCGAUUCCUACGGGAGGAUCUGCAGCCAGAUGUUUGAAGACAAAGUGGUAGAUGUGAAAGGAGGGAAUGCCUAUGACCACGAUCACGCCAUCCUCUGGGAUUCCUCCGAAGACAGACCCACACAAAUCUGGCACGUCGAGGUGCUCUGAGGAAGCCAACUUGGGGAGGGUGGUGCUGUGUUCGGAGUGUGUGCCAGAGACUUUCCUUGUCCAAGGAGCAUUUUUUGGGAGCUGUGGACUUUUUCCUCUGUACAGACCAGACUCUUUCUUCUUGGGACGGGGCCGAGAAGCAAGUGGCUUUCCGACCUCUCUCCGAGCAAAGCCCAAGGGAAGACGGAGCUCUGAACGGUGGCUGGUCCAGGACGAGAGACUCGCGAUGUAUCGGAACCUGGUUUUGCAGUGUUAACAUGGUGGGACUUUGGAUUGCAGGGACAAUGGUAUUAUCUGUCACCUUUUUCACCUCCCUUCAGCCUCCCCUGUUCUCCCUGCGCUUCGUUUUCGGAAAAGUCUAUCUUCCAUGCAGUCAUCCUUUGUUGUGAGCUAUCUCUGUUAGAUUGGACUAGAGCGGACAGCUAUGCCCAUCAGCUUGACGGACGGACGGAAGGAGAGAGAGAUCUGUCCUUCGAGGAGACGAAAACUUCUGAAAAUGUUUUGUCGACGGAGAGCAACACCUAAAUUUUUGGACUCUUUUAAGGGUGUGACUAUGGAGACUGUCACAAGCUGAAAGCUUUUAAAAACGGGAUACGUGUGCCUACAAACCUCUAUUUAUGUCCUUGUGUACGAUAGCAUGCCUUUUAUAAACUCUCUGCUUGGUGGGUUGAUUGGUCGGGUUCUGUUUUUGCCACUUAAUUUGCUCUUCACGAGCCCGCGGUUGGCACAACGGGUUAAACCGCCACGCUGCUGAACUUGCUGGCACUCAUUUUUUGACUCUGUCCUAAUCUGCAGUUAUUAAAAAGCCCCUUUGUACUACAGAGGAAAAAAAUGUGUGGUUUCAGUUGUGUUGUUGGCCUUUUUUUUCAUUUGAGCUUCCAAAUGGCACCUUACUGAGUUUGUGUGCAAAACUAGCUCACUUGUUGCAAAAGUGUUUCUGAUUUCAACCUUUCCCAGUCCCCACAUUUUAUCACAUGUAUAGCAUUAGAGAUGUGCACAAAAAAAUUCCUUUGUUUCCUUCAUGCUAUCGUUUCGUUUCGACUGUUUGCCUACACAAAAGAAUGAUGACAUUUUCGUAGGAAACGGGAGGCGACAAAAAUAAACGCCACACAAUCAUUGUUUUGGCCCCAUAAUAAUAAUCAGGUACUGGCAGAGGACUGUUGGAAACAACUGUGGAAUCCGUGUGCUGUUCAUGAGCUCCAUCUGCUCUUUGGUGAAACCAUGGAAGGUCCUACUGUCACAGCAAAUAAUAUGGAAAACUAUUCUGUACCACAAAUAAAGCUUGACCGGUUUUGGGUCUCACAACCCAAUGGCCUUCCCUGACUAUUAUAGGUCAGGAGGUUAUGUAUGGGUUACGGAAA